AUGUUCCUUUCAAACAAACAAAUCCCAAUUUACUUUGGUGAAAAAAAUUAUUCUCCUUCCUUACCCUCUCCGCCACCGUCUCCGCACGAAGCUGCAAUAAAAUGGCCCCUUCGGAUUGGAGAUUUAAAGCAACAGAGUAGAUAUAGGAUGCGUAUUUCUGACGCGCCCUCUGAUCUCUUGGAUUACAUAGAGAAGUCCAAGUAUAAUAAUUCUGCACCAUCACCUACCGAAAGCCUCUCCUUUGAUCUAAGCAGAUUUUCCCUAAACAAUACAUCGAGUAAGUCAUCAUCUAAUUAUAGAAACAAUCACAUGAUAAGAUCGCCGAUUUUAAAUAACAAGGAGAUUGCCGACCCUGCUGAAAUGGGUUUUGGAAGACAUAAAAACGUUCGCAAGAACCCUUACCCCGUUCGCGCUCCAUCGACAAAUUCACAAGGGUUGGUCUUCAAGGUUGAUAUGUUUACCCCCGUCUUGAGGGACCCGAUUGCUGUCUUGCGCGAAAACAACAACGAUGAAGUCAAAUUAUCUUCGCCCGUUAACACCAGCAGCACACCGUCUCCAUCCGAGUCGCACUUCUCUUGCGAAUCUCGUUCGUCGACAGAUGACGAGGCGACAUCACGCCGGUUAUUACACAAGAAGCAACCACGUGCCAAGCAAACCAUGAUCACAAAGCGAACCGGCGCGUCUUCCACUGCUCAACGUAAACGUAAAGGGAAUAGCCUGGCUAGAGUGAUGACAGACCGCGGACUCUUGGAAUCCAUUUUUAACUCCAAUAUCACUUCCAACGAUAUCAA